AUGAAUUCAGCAGAACCAGAGCCGAAGAACAUCGAAAAAAAGCCAGACUCAUCUAGCUUUCAAAAUGAGAUUGUGACUGUGUGUACGCAAUACCCCGAGGAACUGCUUGAGCCCACAGAAGAGGAAGAAAAGCGGCUGCGCCAUGUAGUUGCCGCCCCAAAAUGGACAGUAUACAUGAUAUGUUUGAUCGAGUUGGCCGAGCGUGCAUCAUACUAUGGUACAGGUGAUAGGUUAUACAAUUUCUUUCAGUAUCCGCUGCCUCAGGGUGGUAAUGGCGCUGGCGCAGGGCCUGACGACCAGAACCCUGGCGCGCUGGGACGUGGCCUUCAGGUUGCUACGUCGCUGAACUUAGUUUUGAAAUUCACGUCGUAUUUCUUCCCGCUGGUAACGGGUUAUGUCGCUGACAUGUACGUCGGGGAAUUGAAAAUGUUAUGGCUCGGCAUAUGGACUGGUGUGGUUUCUCAUGUGAUAUUCGUGAUCGCUGCGCUGCCUGCAGUGAUUAAGCACAACAACUUGUGCAUGGCGCUUGCUGUACUUGGAUUACUGACCCUCUCGCUGUGCACUGCAUUUGUGAAGCCUGUUCUUCUUCCUAUGCUGCUGCGCCAAUAUCCGCAUGAAACAAACGUUGUUAAGACACUUCCGACUGGGGAGCGUGUCAUACUUAACAGGGAUGCAUCAUUGCAGCGCAUGUCAAUGACUUUUUACUGGUGCAUUAAUGUAGGGAGUUUUGUAUCACUAGCCACAGGUUACUCAGCGCAAAGGGUUGGCUAUUGGCUGUCUUUUCUGAUCCCACUUGUGCUCUUUUUGAUUAUGCCCGCGAUUUUGUUGACCUUAAAGAAUGUUAAGGUCACGCCGCCUCUGGGAGAGUCGCUUUUCGCGGAAUGUUUAAAGGUUAUAAAGGUGUGUUUCGAGCCUGGUUGGUUUAAGAGGUACCGCAGCGGGUCCUUCUGGCGAUAUGCUAAGCCAUCGAACUUGAGAGCCUUAGGUAGGACCGGCUGGCGUCGGAGCAAGGAGGGCUUCUACAAAGAGAGCUUGGUUGAAGAUACAAGAAUAACAUUGGCUGCCUGUGUUAUAUUCCUAUAUUAUGUCAUCUAUAACAUGAACGACAACCAGCUUUCAAGUAUUAUCAAUAACCAAGCUGGGUCUAUGACUGGAGAGGGUGUUCCUAAUGAUGUGAUUUCUAAUUUCAACCCACUAGCGAUUAUCAUAACAAUGCCUAUAAUAGACUAUGGGCUGAACCCUCUUCUGAGAAGACUACGGAUCAAUUUCAAGCCUGUGUACCGCAUUUUCUUCGGCUUUAUGUUGGCCGUCUUGGCCUCCGUAGCAGGUGCGAUUAUACAAGCAGCAAUUUACAACACUUCGCCUUGUGGUAAGCACGCCAGUACGUGUAGCGAAACAAUUAGACAGGUCUCACCCCUUUCCAGAUGGCUUGUCGGAGUGGAAUACGUGCUGUCUGGCGUCUCUGAAUGUUUUGCAAUGCCAACAGGAUAUGAAAUCGCCUUCGAGAGGUCACCCAAGGAUAUGAAGGCCUUUGUCAUGUCCCUAUUUUUGGUGACCACUGCGCUUUCUUCCAUUCUAACGCAGAUCUUCAACGGCAUCAUGACGGAUCCUUAUUUGGUCAUACCAUUUAUCCUUUUUGCUGUCUUGGGAACGUUAUUUGCGAUUUUAUUCCUGUACAGAUACUGGAAUCUAGACAAGGUCAUGGAAGCUGAGAGGAGGGAGCGCGCGAUUCUUGAUCCGCUAGAGAUUCUCGCGCAUAAUGGUCCUCCAGAUUAUGAUGAAACGAAGCAAAAGCUUUGA